AUGUGGAGGUUCUUCGUCCCAUUCCUGUUGGCAGCUGAGGGUAAAGUCCACACCCCGCAUGCAACCUAGAAGCCCACCUCCUCAAUUCACCUGAGACCACCACCAUGCCUGUAGUCAUUUUUCAUACUGGGCCUCCCCCCGCUUGGUGGACUGUGGUCUUGAGGGUAUAACGUAGCCGUAUAAUGCAGAAUCCCCUGUUUGCUUUGAGAGCAGAAAUGCGGGGAAACGCGUCUGCUUUGGCCCUGAUUCCAGGGGUUUGGAGCCAGUUGCAAAGCUAGCAUCGGGGUAAGGUAAAGGGUAAAGGGACCCCUGACCAUUAGGUCCAGUCGUGACUGACUCUGGGGUUGCGGCGCUCAUCUCGCUUUAUUGGCCGAGGGAGCCGGCGUACAGCUUCCGGGUCAUGUGGCCAGCAGGACUAAGCCGCUUCUGGCAAACCAGAGCAGCGCACGGAAACGCCGUUUACCUUCCCGCUGGAGCGGUAUCUAUUUAUCUACUUGCACUUUGACGUGCUUUCGAACUGCUAGGUGGGCAGGAGCAGGCACCAAGCAACAGGAGCUCAACUGCUGACCUUCUGAUCGGCAAGUCCUAGGGUCUGUGGUUUAACCCACAGCGCCACCCGCGUCCCUUAGCAUCGGGGUAUUUGAGGCCUAAUCUGGAGCCACCCUGGCUUCAGACCCUCCAAGUGUCCCUGUUUUCCAGGGACAGUCCUGGAUUUACAGAAGCCGUCCCGGUUUCUGACACAAUCCCGGAAUGUCCCCGUUUUCCUGUCCUUAUUUUCAUCGGAGAAAUGUCAGAGGAUAUGGAGUUAUCCGACCCCCAAUAGGGAAGGGGGUUUCCUUUGGGGUGUUUUUUUAAAAGUUUAACGUUUUAUCAUGUUUUUAUAUAUAUGUUGGGAGCCGCCAGGGUGGCUGGGGCAACUAGGUCAGAUGGGCGGAGUAUAAAUAGGAAAAAAUUUAUACAAUAGGAUGUCCCUAUUUUCAUCAGAGAAAUGUUGGAGGGCAUGUGGGUUGCCUUCCCCGCCUUGCAGACAAUCGCAGGGAAAGUGAAAUCUGCAGGAAGAUUUGGGUAAUUUCCAUCAAUGACCCCCCCAACGCAAACUGCCUUCCUCUCUCUCAUCAGUCUAUGGCUGCGGACAACCUUCUUAUGCCCCCACGGGGAGAGUCGUGAACGGCGAGGAUGCUGUGCCAUACAGCUGGCCCUGGCAAGUAAGUACCUCCAUGGGGGGGGAGCAUUGCCUAGUGGUGUCAUCUCACCUUAGUGUUCUAGGUGCGCAGCCUGGGAGUCAUUUUGGACUCACAGCUGUCCAUGGAGGUGCAGGUCAGUUCUGUGUCCAGGGCAGCUGUUUACCAGGGCUGAGACCCUACCUGCCCACGGACUGUCUCGCCAGAGUGGUGCAUGCUCUGGUUAUCUCCCACUUGAACUACUGCAAUGCGCUCUAUGUGGGGCUACCUUUGAAGGUGAACCAGAAACUACAACUAAUCCAGAAUGCGGCAACUAGACUGGUGACUGGGGGCGGCCGCCGAGACCACAUAACACCGGUGUUGAAAGACCUACAUUGGCUCCCAGUACAUUUCCGAGCACAAUUCAAAGUGUUGGUGUUGACCUUUAAAGCCCUAAACGGCAUUGGCCCAGUAUACCUGAAGGAGCGUCUCCACCCCCAUCGUUCUGCCCGGACGCUGAGGUCCAGCGCCAAGGGCCUUCUGGCGGUUCCCUCAUUGCGAGAAGCAAAGCUACAGGGAACCAGGCAGAGGGCCUUCUCGGUAGUGGCGCCCGCCCUGUGGAACGCCCUCCCAUCAGAUGUCAAAGCAAUAAACAACUACCUGACAUUCAGAAGACAUCUUAAGGCAGCCCUGUUCAGGGAAGUUUUUAAUGUAUGACAUAUUAGUGUAUUUUUGGUCUUUGUUGAAGCCGCCCAGUGUGGCUGGGGAAACCCAGCCAGAUGGGCAGGGUACAAAUAAUAAAUUAUUAUUAUUAUUCUUGACCUGGGAAAGCAGAAGGCUGACGGGAGCAAUUGGGGGGGGCACUGGGGAAACUCCCCUAUGAGGAACAACUAACAGGUCGGGAGACUUUUCAUUUUAGCUGUGGUCACAUCCACAUAAAGUUCAAAGUUUCUUCCUGUUGUUAUCCACACAACCAUCUUGUGAGGUAGGCUAGGCUGAGAGAGAAAGCGAUUGGCCCAGGGUCACUCCAGUGAGCUUCAUGACCGAGUGGAGAUUUAAAUCCAGGGCUCUGAAGUCCUCGUCCAGCCUUCUUAACUGCUAUCACACACACCGACAGACUGGAAUCGCCCACCAUCCCAGACCUCUUGAGAAGGUGUGGGGAGCAUUUGGCUAACCAGAUAUGGCUGAACUACAACUCUCAUCAUCCCUGUUGGAGGCAGAAUCGGUUCACGCUCCGAGUGGACUCAGCACGUGCCCCCUGGCACACGCCCCCACCCCAUAGCUAUCAACUUACAGAUUUGAAAAUAAGGGACCAGCAGCCUCAAAAAUAAGGGACCAGCAGCCAAAAUAAGGGAUUUUAGUCAACUAGCUCCCGAGACAAAGGCAGAAAGCCCAGCCAGCCCAGCAGCCAAACGAAGCCUCAAGCCGUGGUUCCCACAGCGCAGCAAACCGGCAAAGGGGGUGCAGCAAGGAAAACCACCGUCACCUCUCUGCUGGGAAGCGCUGAGCGAAGGCGAGUCCCCAGGCAACGCAGCCAAUUUGAUCAGCACAAGGCAUGCAAGCUCCACCCCCCAGUCGUUCUUAGACUCCUUAUUGGGUGAACAACGCAGCCAAGCAACACAGUUGGAGCCUCCCUCCUCCCUGGUCGGCAGGAAGGGAGGGAGAGGAGCUGCUUCCUUUGAAACCCGGGAAAUUUAAGGGACCUCAUCAAUAAGGGACAGCAGCGGGACACGGCGCUGGGAUAAGGGACUUUCCCGCCAAAUAAGGGACGGUUGACAGCUAUGCCCCACCCAAGCACAACACUUGCCCUGUUCCGGGCACUGGUAACCCAUGAUACACCACUGGCUGGGGCUGCUGGGGGAUGCAGUUCAGCAACAACUGGACAGCUGCCCCUGUUCUUGAGGAAAGGAGCGGGAAAGGGCUAGGAAAGUCCUUUCAGGAAAAAAUGUUGAAAUAUACAUUUAUUAAGAAACCAGAGGCCUUUCUUCUUGGAAUAACAGGUUUGGAAUUGCCCAAGAAAGAUGUUAAAUUAUUUUUGUAUGCCACAACGGCCACCCGAAUAUUACUUGCUAAAAAUUGGAAAACACAAGAACUACCAACAGUGGAAGAUUGGCAGAUGAAGAUGAUGGACUUUUCGGAGCUAGCUGACCUGACUGGAAGAAUCCGUGACCAGAAAGAAGAGGAGUUUCAAGAGGACUGGAGGAAGUUUAAGGACUAUUUGAAUAAAUAUUAUAAUAUAAAAAAUUAGAAAUUACUUGAAAGAAACAAAUAGGCCUAGGAUUAAACUAAGUUAUAAUUAAAUAAAUGGGAUUUAGAAUGUUAAGGAAAGUGCAUAAGAUGGACUAUAAUUGGAAAUUGUUUUAGUUUAGUAAUGAUAUUGGAAAGCUGUUACUUUUAAUUACAAGGAAACUCAGAAGGGAGGGAUUUGAGGAAGUCAACCAAGAUGUUUAAAAGGUUGGAUUUGUGAAGAAUUAAGUUUGUUGUUAUUGUUUAUCUGUUUAUUGUUCCCUUUUUCUUCUUCUUCUUCUUCUUCUUCUUCUUCUUCUUCUUCUUCUUCUUCUUUUUUCUUUUUUCUUUUUCUUUUUCUGUUUUUGUGUAUCAUUUUGCUUUGUGGUUUGUGUUAUCAUUGUGGAAAAUCUAAUAAAAAUUUUAUUUAUUUAUUUUUAAAAAAGGAAAGUCCUUUCAGGUGGGGAGCAAAGGAGAAGACCUCCCAGCCUGUCCUGAUCUCAGCUCCUCCAUCAUCUACGCUCUCUUCUACAGGUCUCCCUGCAAUAUGAAAGCGGAGGACAAUUCCACCACACCUGCGGAGGGACACUCAUCGAUGCCAACUGGGUCAUGACGGCCGGACAUUGCAUCUCGUAAGUGCGGUCUCUCUCAAGGCGUGCCGGAGCCAAGCACUGAGCACACCCAUGAAACGGGGGUAGGAACCCGGGGGCCAUGUGGGCAAUCAACGAAGGGCCACAUGGACUGCUAGGAGGGCCUAGCGGGCAGGGUAAUGGAUUUGACGCAUACCUUGCUACCUUGAGACCACACGGGCAAUCAUCCGAGAGUCACACAGCAGCGGGGGGCAGCGUCAGAGGGGAAAGCGAGUGAAGGAGCAGGUAUAUUUCUUUAAAAUUUGGAUUGUAGAGUUGGAAGGGACCCUGAAGAUCAUCGAGUCCAUCCCCCUGCAAUGCAGGAAUGUGCAGCUGUCUAGGACCUGUGCACUUGGUGUUAUCAGCGCCAUGCUCUAACCAACUGAGCUAUGCUGAAACAUUUACAGUGGUACCUUGGUUCUCAAAUGCCUUGGUACUCAAAUGUCUUGGUUCUCAAACGCCUUGGUUCCCAAACGCCGAAAACCCGGAAGUAAGUGUUCCGGUUUUCAAACGUUUUUCGGAAGCCAAACGUCCAAUGUAGUGGUUGGCUAUUGUUUCCGGGGUUCUUGCGCCAAUCAGAAGCUGCGCCUUGGUUUUCAAACAUUUUGGAAGUCAAAGGGACUUUCGGAACGGAUUAAGUUUGGCGCUUUUGUUUUUUAUUUUAAUUUUAAUCAUCUACAAUGCUGUCUUACUUAUUUUAUAGUACAGUACGUUGAUAAUUAUUAUUAUGGGACGCAGGUGGUACUGUGGUCUAAACCGAUCAGGGCUUGCCAAUCAGGUCGGCGGUUCGAAUCCCCACAACAGGGUGAGCUCCUGUUGCUCAGUCCCUGCUCCUGCCAACCUAGCAGUUCGAAAGCACCUUAAAGUGCAAGUAGAUAAAUAGGUACCGCUCCAGCAGGAAGGUGAACAGUGUUUCCGUGCACUGCUCUUGUUCGCCAGAAGCAGCUUAGUCAUGCUAGCCACAUGACCUGGAAGCUGUCUGCAGACAAACGCCGGCUCCCUCGGCCAGUAAAGUGAGAUGAGCGCCGCAACCCCAGAGUCGGCCACGACUGGACUUAACAGUCGGGGUCCCUUUACCUUUUUACAUUGAUUAUUGCUUUCAUUUUGUGGAUCAGAGGUCUCGUUAGAUAGUAAAUAUCAUGUUAAAUGACUGUUUUGGGGGUUGUUUUUAAAAGUACAGAACGGAUUAAUCCGUUUUGCAUUACUUUCCAUGGGAAAGCGCGCCUUGGUUUGGGAACGCUUUGGUUUUGAAACUGACUUCCGGAACGAAUUAAGUUUGAGAGCCAAGGUCCCACUGUAAUUCAUAAAAUCUGAUUGUAUAAAAUGCCUCACAAUGGCUUACAAAGUAGAUAAAAUGAUAACAUUUUACAAAAACAAGCAGAAAUAAUUUAAAAACGUCAGAAAGGUUUUAAAAAAUAGACUUAAAAUCAGAUUAAGACUCGCACUGACUUUCCAAAAGGGCUUGUCUAAAUCAGAGUGUUUUUGGCAGGCGCUGAAAAGAGUACCACAAAGGCGCCGGCUUGAUCUUCAAUAGGCAGGGAGUUCCUACAGUGAACUACAUUCCAGCCACACAAAAGCCAGAGGGUUUUUAACACACCUCUCUCUUCUCAGACCAUCCCGCAAAUACAAGGUGGUUCUGGGUGAGUACGACCGGAGCAAAGAGGAAGGUCCAGAGCAGCACAUCCUGGUGAACUCAGAGGACAUCUAUGUGCACCCCGGCUGGAACAGCAACUGCGUGGCUUGUGGGUAAGCUGGAGGAGAAGGGCACUUAUCUUUUUUCCUAUAUGAAAAUGAUAUACUGUUGGUAUUUAACACCAAGUAAAAUUGCUAAUUUUUAUGGGUGGUGCUGUGGUCUAAACCACAGAGCCUAGGACUUGCCGAUCAGAAGGUCGGCGGUUCGAAUCCCCGCAACGCAGUGAGCUCCCGUUGCUCGGUCCCUGCUCCUGCCAGCCUAGCAGUUCGAAAGCACGUCAAAGUGCAAAUAGAUAAAUAGGUGCCCCUCCAGCGGGAAGGUAAACGGCGUUUCCGUGCACUGCUCUGGUUCGUCAUGCUGGCCACAUGACCUGGAAAAACUGUCUGCGGACAAACGCCGGCUCCCUCGGCCAGUAAAGCGAGAUGAGGGCCGCAACGCCAGAGUCAUUCACGACUGGAGCUAACGGUCAGGGGUCCCUUUACCUUUACCUAAAAUUGCUAAAAUGUACAAAACAAGUUCAAAUUUGUGUCGGGAAUGCAAAGAGAAGGAAGGUACUUUUUAUCAUUUUAUUGUUUUCUUUAAUUCAUUAUACCGUAUUUUUCGCUCUAUAAGAUGCACCAGACCAUAAGACGCACCUACUUUUUGGAGGAGGAAAACAAGAAAAAAAAUAUUCUGAAUCCCAGAAGCCAGAACCAGCAAGAGGGAUCGCUGCACAGCGAAAGCAGCGAUCCCUCUUGCUGUUCUGGCUUCUGGGAUAGCUGUGCAGCCUGCAUGCGCUCCAUAAGACGCACACACAUUUCCCCUUACUUUUUAGGAGGGGAAAAGUGAGUCUUAUAGAGCAAAAAAUACGGUGUAUCAUUUCCCAGGAAGCCUUUAGCCGUGUACAUGGCCACCACAUAUGGUAAACAGUACCCUCCUUACCUUUGCAUUUCAAACACAAAACCUCCUCCGCCUCCUCUUUCAGGGAUGACAUCGCCUUGUUGAAGCUUUCUCGCAGCGCAGAGCUCAACGACAAAGUGCAGCUGGGGUGCAUCCCGCCCCCGGGAGACCUGCUCCCCAAUGGAUCCCCCUGCUACAUCAGUGGCUGGGGGCGCCUCUACAGUACGUGACCUUAUUUAUUUACUUGUUGCAUUUCUCUCCCCCUUUUUUUGAACCUCUGAGGAACUCCAGGGGGGCAAAUGUGGUACUCCAAUUUCCUGUUUUAUUCCUACAACAACCUUGCAAGGUAGGUUAGGCUGAGAGCAGAGGCAUAGGAAGGUCAGGUGGUACCUGGUGUGGAAAAUUUCUUGCCACCCCCCCCCCCAUUGAUUUUUAUUUCAUUUUUUGCCUGCAAAAAUGGUUUUACAUUAUUUCAUAUUUUCUUACAAAGGAAUAAUAAUAAUAAGUAAUAAUAAUAAUAAUAAUAAUAAUAAACUUUUAUUUAUAUCCCGUCCUCCCCAGCCAAAGUCGGGCUCAGGGCGGCUAACAUCAGAUACAUAACAUUGGUAUAAAAUCAAACAACUAUUAAAUUACCUCCUAAAAACAUGUCAAAAUCAAAUUAAAGUCUAAUUAGAUGGCUUUCCGCUGGGUUAGGGUUGGGAACAGUAAGCGCUCCACUGAAUUUAAAUUUCAGCCUUCCCGACAUAGGAAAACAGGCAAGUAAACAGCUAUUUUCGUGGAGGAGGGUCAAGAUAUUAACCGAUAUGCAUGAAAUUUCAUAUAUAGAUAUAUAAUCCCUAGUGUAGUAAGAUAAGACCUUUGGAGCAGGCUUUUUUUUAAAAAGUGUUUUAUGAACCACCCUAGUAGGGCAGUAACUGUUCCUUGAUAAUUUGUCACCCCCUCCAUAAUGGAACCUGAAACUGUUCUUAAUCUGAAGCACCACUUUAACUAAUGGGGCCUCCUGCUGCCACUGCGCCGCCGGAGCACGAUUUCUGUUCUCAUCCUGAAGCAAAGUUCUUAACCAGAGGUACUAUUUCUGGGUUAGCGGAAUCUGUAACCUGAAGCGUCUGUAACCCGAGGUACCACUGUAUUUCCCAAAACCCCUUCCCUUCUCUUACAGCUGGCGGGCCACUCCCCUCCAUCCUUCAGCAAGCCCUGCUCCCGUCGGUGGACUACGCCCACUGCAGCCAGCCGGACUGGUGGAGCUACACCGUGAAGGAGACGAUGGUCUGCGCCGGGGGAGACAUCCGGUCUGGCUGCAACGUCAGUAAACCGCAAAGAAGGGGCUGGCACUGUAUAAGGGACCAGCGGUGCUAUUGCCCCAGAGGAUGCUGCGCGAUGGAGCCCCAUCUCCAGCUAUCCUGGGGGCAAGACAGUGGAAGGCAGAAAGGGCUGGUCGUAGAACUAUAGUAUUGUAGAGUUGGAAGGGACCCUGGGGGGCUCGAACCACCAGCCUUCUGGUUAGCCGCCACUGAGCCACUAGUGUUCCCAAGCAGGGAAAUGAUUUCCAUAGGAGGAUGCCUUUUUCAGAUUGUUUAAGGAAACAUUAAGGGACGCGGGUGGCACUGUGGGUUAAACCACAGAGCCUAGGACUUGCCAAUCAGAAGGUCGGCGGUUCGAAUCCCCGCGACAGGGUGAGCUCCUGUGGCUUGGUCCCUGCUCCUGCCAACCUAGCAGUUCGAAAGCAAGUCAAAGUGCAAGUAGAUAAAUAGGUACCGCUCCGGUGGGAAGGUAAACGGCGUUUCUCUGUGCUGCUCUGGUUCGCCAGAAGCGGCUUAGUCAUGCUGGCCACAUGACCCGGAAGCUGUACGCCGGCUCCCUCGGCCAAUAAAGCGAGAUGAGCGCCGCAACCCCAGGGUCGGUCACGACUGGACCUAAUGGUCAGGGGUCCCUUUACCUUUUAAGGAAACAUUAUAGUAUAUAGUACAGGCAUGUCCAACCGGUUGAUCGCGAUCGUGGGGUGUCCCUAGCCAAUCCCAGUCAAUCGCGUGAUCCUGAUCGACUGGCCCAAAAAUAAAAUAAAUAAUAAUAAUAAAGCUCAACAACUUUGGGGCUUUCUCCCCCAACUUUGCUGAUGACCCCCCACAAAAAGCUCAACAACUUUGGUCAAUCCAACGGAUAGAUCACUGCCAGUUAUUUUUAUAGUGGAAGUAGAUCACAGUCUCUUGUGAGCUGGCCACGCCUGAUAUAGUAUAUUAUACUAUAAUAUUAUGGUACGAUGAACUCAUGAGCAGGAUUUGAGCUACAAGCAACAGAAGGAAUUAGAUUAUAAUAUUGUGGUUCUGAUUUGAUAGAUAGAAGACAGGGUGCAGCAGAAGGGGUAAAACAACAAGUCCGUGGAGAACGGGGUGGGAAGUCGAGAAAAAUAAAAGACGAAAUUGUGUUGUGACUGCAUGUGUUAAAAAUGUUGAAACUUAAUGAAAUAUAAUUGGGGCGGGGGAGGAAGUAAGGAUUUCCAGAGGAGGCACUGCCCAUAGGAAACGGGCAUACUAUUUAUUUAACAGCACGUUAUUUCCCCUAAAGAAUGCAGGGAACUGUAGUUAAGGCUGCUGGGAAUUGCAGCACCGCAAGGGGGAAACUACGGUUCCCAGGAUCCUUUUGCGGCAGGGGGGAGCUGUGUGCUUUGCAAUGUACGGUAAGGAUGCAAAGCCAGUCUUUUGCACAAGAACGCAGCAAAGGGUCUUGCGGCACUUUGAACCAGGAGCAGGGAACCCCUUCUCAACUGGGGGGCGCCACAUUCCCUUCUGGGCAACUUCCUGGGGGUGCCCUUGCCAUUGGUGGGCGUGGCCAGAGGCAAAGGUGGGCGGAGCAAUAAAGGUCAGAUUUACUUUUGAACUCUAGCAUUGUAGAGUUGGAAGGGACCCUCAUGGGUCAUCUAGUCCAACCCCCUGUGGGGCAGCAAUUGCACCCAAGACUCGUUUCUACAGGGACUGAUUGAUUCAUUUGGCGUUAUUCAUUUUGCAAUCUUCAGCUCGUGGGUGGUAUAUGAAUUUAAUAGAUAGUAUACAAGUUCUAAUGAUCUACCCUACCGCAGAGCUACAGACCUCGCCAAUUACUGCCCGGGGAGCAGCUUUCUUUAAAAAAAAUUUUUUUAAAUGAUUUAUGCCUUUCAGAUUUAUACAUUUCACUAAUUUUACAAUCAUUUUAACAUUUCCCAACUGACAAUAAAAUAUAAAAUAUUGAUAGAUGCAAAAGAAAGAGGUUUUUCCCUGCGGGAUAUGAAACUAUACUAUGAGGCAGCCUGUCUUUGCUGGUUGAAGGAAUGGAUGACAUUACAGAAUUCAUGUAUUCUAGACUUGGAAGGUCGUGACAAUAUUUUUGGUUGGCAUGCAUAUUUAUGGUAUGAAAAGGUGAAAGUUCAUAAAGGAUUUACAAAUCAUAUAAUUGGGGGGGGAUGUAUAGAGUAUGGGAUAAAUGCAAUAAUUUAUUCGAGGCAAAAGCACCACUUUGGCUCUCACCGUUGGAAGCUGUAGCGGUAAAGGAAAAGAAUAUGAUAGAAGGGUGGACAACUUACAGAAAUUUAUUAGAACAAGAGGGAGGAGAAUAUAAAUUAAAAGGCUUUAUUUAUUUUUUCAAUUUUUUUUAUUAAUUUUCCAAAUUUAUAACAAAUAUAACACAACACAAACUAACAAAACAUAUUAAAAAACAAAACAAACAAACAUAUAAAACUUCUUGCUAUUAAAAAUCCAAAUUACUUUUCAUUGUUAAGUGACUGCCUCGAAUCCUUCCUAACUGAUUUUCAUUAAAUCUCAUUUUAGCAAUUUUCCAAUAUCCACUUUCUAAUAAAAUUAACUUAUUCAAAUUACUAACUUCCUUUCUUCUCAUAAUAUUCUCAAUCCAUAGUAUUAUACCAUUCAACAUACUUUAAUCCUAAACCAAUUUAGUACUUGCAAGUAUUUCCGAUUAUAUUAUAUUAUAAUAUUUAGCUAAAUAUUCCUUAAAUUUCUUCCAAUCUUCUUGAUGUUCCUCCUCUUUCUGAUCGCGGAUUCUUCCAGUAAUAAAUUAAAAGACUUUAAGAAAUUAUCAGGGAAGUUAACAACAUGGAUCUAAUAUCAUCAUUUGAACGGGGUGCAGCUUUUGAGAUCCUUUUCACACCUUGCCUAUUAUUUCAGGGUGACUCCGGAGGCCCCCUCAACUGUCGGGCUGCUGAUGGGAGGUGGUACGUCCACGGGGUGACGAGUUUCGUCUCUGCCUGGGGGUGCAACACCUUGAAGAAGCCCACCGUCUUCACCCGUGUCUCUGCUUUCAACAACUGGAUUGAAGAGGUAGGUCCUGCAUGCAAGGGAUCUGGCGGGGCACCAGAUCGUUCUUUUACAAAUAAUUAUAAUUAAUUGCUUUGACUGGAGGUAGAGGGGAGAACUUGGAGGUCUGCCAGGGCUUUGGCAGGUCAUUGGGUGACUCCCUGUUUGAAAUCAAAGGUGGAAUUUUACAUCAGAAGAGUUGAGAACAAAGAAAAAGACCUCUCCAGAGUAACUCCGAGUCAACAAAGGAGAUCAGGAAUAAUUAAUAUGGACAUCAUAUUUGAGAAAGGAAUAAUCGGUGGAAAUUAAAACCUCACACAGGAAGAAGAAACGAGAACUUCAUUUGCGAAUUUACAAAUUACUAUAUGUGUUGAUAAAAGGGACACGGGUGGCACUGUGGGUUAAACCACAGAGCCUAGAACUUGCUGAUCAGAAGGUCGGCGGUUCGAAUCCCUGCAACGGGGUGAGCUCCCGUUGCUCAGUCCCUGCUCCUGCCAACCUAGCAGUUCGAAAGCACGUCAAAGUGCAAGUAGAUAAAUAGGUACCACUCCGGCGGGAAGGUAAACGGCGUUUCCGUGCGCUGCUCUGGUUCGCCAGAAGCGGCUUAGUCAUGCUGGCCACAUGACCCGGAAGCUGUAUGCCAGCUCCCUCAGCCAGUAAAGUGAGAUGAGUGCCGCAACCCCAGAGUCGGCCACGACUGGACCUAAUGGUCAGGGGUCCCUUUACCUUUAUAUGUGUUGCUGCGAAUUGAAGUUAAUCAUUGUAGCUGUGGAAUAAGGGGUUUUAUCAAGAAUGGGUUGUAUUUAGUUUGAGCAAUAAUGUGGAGGCAGAAUUAAAAGGAAUCGGACCCUGAAGUACAGCACAUGGGAAGCCACCCCAAAUUUAUAAUUGGCUAUGUAAUUGAUUUGGUUUCCUAAUAAGCCAAUGGCCAAUUUAGUCCUGUAUCUGCUCCUCACAGUGGCCAGCCACCAUGCACUUAAAGCACAUGGUUCCCCACCCCAAUAAUCCUGGGAACUAUAGUUUAAGGAUGCCAGGAACUGUAGUUCGCUGGGUUCUUUUUGGGGAAGCCCCAUGCUUUAAGCAUAUGGCGUGGAUCUGCCCAAAGAUCUCUGGCACAUUUCCUAACACUGCAA